CACGUGAUUGACAUACCCAUUCCAAACCUUUGCCGAGUUGAUCCUCACUCCCGGAACCUCAGUCUUUGCACGUUGAACUCCCCUCUCCUACCUAUAUCCCUCCAAUCCACACAUCAAAAUGGCCGCCCGCAGCGCCGCUCUUAAGAUUGACUGGGCCAAGGUGACCGGCUCCCUAGGCCUCCGCGGCCAGACUGCUGCCUCUCUCCAGGCCUUCAAGAAGAGGAACGAUGAUGCCCGCCGCAAGGUUCAGCUCCUGUCCGAACAGCCCCAGACCGUCGACUUCGCCCAGUACCGCAAGGUCCUGAAGAAUCAGGCCAUCGUCGACGAGAUCGAGAACCACUUUAAGAGCUUCAAGCCCGCCACCUACGAUGUUUCCCGUCAGCUGAAGGCUAUCGAUGCCUUCGAGGCCCAGGCUGUUCAGAGCGCUGAGGAGACCAAGGGCAAGGUUGAAUCUGAGCUCCGCAACUUGCAGAAGACCCUCGAGAACAUUGAAACCGCUCGUCCAUUCGAUGAGCUCACCGUGGAUGAGGUUGCCUCCGCUCAGCCCGAGAUUGAUGAGAAGACCGCCUCUAUGGUCAGCAAGGGCAGAUGGAUGCCGGCUGGUUACAAGGAGCGCUUUGGCGAUAUGUCUGUUGUCUAAAUUGGCAGAAUACUCUGUCAUUCACGCUUUUUUUCCUCCUUCGACCAGUGUUCUCACACGACGGAAUUUACUUUUGUCAAGCAUGUUUGCCAGCUAGGAUACCCUUUGCGUCUGGCAGUGUGAACAUGGUUGUGGGGUGUGUAUAGAAACAAUGUUCAAUUUAGAAGACGUUUUCUGCAUUAACCAACAGCUUUGUUCAUUUUCGCUAUAGUAAAAUGAUGUUAAAUCCCGUCGAUAACCACAGUGAUGCUAUCCUUUUUUUUCUAGAGCAUUACGGGUUCGAAAAUCCUAUCAACUGCCCUCUUCCAUUGGGCAGUUUAUGAAUAUCAAGUAAAUGUCAAGUAUAUUCAUUCCCGUGGUGAGUCUCUGUAUGUCUUAAAAAAAAUCUAGUAGAUGAUAUGUGUAUAUAUAUUCUUGCCGCCCUUAUCGUAAGUAUAUUCCCGUCCAAUGUUUUUCAAGGGGGAUUUUUGCCGACAUUGAAACCUGGUGGUACAGUCAGAGCUACUUUGUUUUCCG